CUGCACGGUCAAUGCUACGAUAACAGCGGAGACCCUGAAAUACGGGUCACAGCUAUGCUGGAGCUCGGAUCCCCGCUGGAGAUGAUUCAGCUUCUGCAGACCCCCUGGGAGGAGAGAUUUAAAAUUUGCCUGAGUCUUGUGAAACUGCUGUUUUACUUGGCACACUCCCCUCUGGGUUCAAUAGUCCUCCUGGAUUUCCAGCCGAGGCAGUUUGUUAUGGUGGAUGGAAACCUAAAAGUGACAGACAUGGAUGAUGCCAGCACUGAGGAACUGUCAUGCAAGGAAGAUAAUGACUGCACACUCAACUUCCCUACGAAAAGCUUCCCUCUCAAAUGCUCCAUGGCUGGGAAGUGUGAAGGAAUAAAUGAAAAGAAAAAUCUUUUCAAUGCCUAUCGGUAUUUUUUCACCUAUCUUUUGCCACACUCGGCACCACCACCUUUGCGGCCCUUUCUAAGUGAUAUUCUGAAUGCAACAGGUGAGUUACGAUAUGGAAUAAAUGAAACCUUGAAAGCUUUUGAGAAGGUUUUACAUCUGUACAAGUCUGGGCUGUAUCUGCAGAAGAGACCUCUUGUUUUGAAAGACUACAUCUCCCUGAAGGGCUUCCGAGCAGCGGAAGGAGAAGACUACAAGUGCUGGCCCUCCUACAGCCACCUGGGCUGCCUGCUCUCCGUUCACGGUGCCGAGGAGGCCGCUGACAUUUGUAACUCCCAGUCGCAGUGUCAAAGCUUUAUCAUCACCCAGAGGAGGACGUGGACAGGACGCACGCUCGCCUUGUUUCAGAGUCGCCUGACUGAUUUAAUCCCAGAUGCUAACGCUGCAGUCUAUAUUAAACAAUCGGCUUCCUCAAGGGAGAGGCUUUAA